UGCACUUACACACACACACAGACACACACACACAUAUAGGGAAGUAGAGGGAUUACAAAGGCACAGUGACCCAUAUGCUGGACAGGGAUGGAGACGAGACAGCUAAAAGUGAGACGAGCUCAAGACUCUGGUUUUGACGACGAAGCUCAGGUCAGCGGCGCCUCUCGUCCCCUCUCCGCCCUCGUCCGCCUCUACGUGUACGCGCUGCACGGCUGCCUCUGCGAGGUGGCCUUCACCGCCGUGCUGGACUGGUGCAGCACCCGGGACCGGAGGCUGGCCGGGCACAGCAGCCUGUGGGCGCUGCCCAUGUACGCCACCGCCAUCUACUUCAUGGAAAAGCUGAGGGCCCGGCUGCUGGCUCAGCGUCAGCCGCUGCCCGUCCGACUGGCGGCUCACACCGCGUUCAUCUACUUCUGGGAGUUCAGCUGGGGGGCGGCGCUGAGGCUGCUGGGAGCAUGUCCAUGGGACUACUCGCAUUAUACGUACAACCUGGGAGGACUGGUGACUCUGGAAUACGCGGUGCCCUGGACUGUGGCGGCGUUUCUGGCGGAGCAGCACGUGAUCAGGAACACGCUGAGGAUGAGGCUUCACAACGAAUGACUCUUUAACCUGUUUGUAGAAAAAUUAAAUCUGUAAAUUCUUGACAUUUGUAUAGUUAAAAAUUGAUGAUCUGACAAGAGGUUGCACGAUUUUGUAAAGUUGACUGUUAUGUAGUGAAGGUCAAGUCAAGUUCUUGACCUGAUUACAUGCAGAUACGUAUAGCCUGUAUAAAAACAGGCUGCAACUUAGCAGAAUAAAAUAGAAUAGAAUAGAAUAGAAUAGAAUAGAAUAGAAUAGACUUCCCUUUAUAGAGCACAACGCUGCCAUAUUGGCAGGAAAGUGCGCUUCUCUAAUGACUAUUUGGUUUGGCAACUGCAAGAAACUAACUAAUUAACCUGCGGCUGUUGUGAGCCAGGAUUCAAGAACAGUCGGGGACAAGCAAAGUGGAACUGGUUUUAUGGGAUUCCCAAAGAUCCUGCAACAUGGCAGAUGUGGACUAAUGCCAUAAAACUAAAUGGGUUUGUCUUGUGUAGCGAUCACUUUAUAUCAGGGACAGAAUCCAGCGUUUUCCAAGUGUCAUGUCUUAUUUAUUUAUUUUAACACGAUGUCAAACAGAUUUCUUUUCAUAAAGGAAAGUUAGUCUAAUGUUUAUAACAUGGAUUACAAAGACAUGUUGCUCAUUCAGCAGUAAAACUACUCACAGUGAUUAAACAGUUACUUGUUAUUGUGAUUAUUAUUACGCAGUAGAAUGCACAUGUAUAAUAAAUAAAAAUAAAGGAAUAAUUUAAUGUA